GAACAAGAACUUGCGUCCAUUACGUCGAGCAAACCUGUGUAGUGUUAGUGAUCUUAGAAAAGCAUUUUGGACUCGAAAAUUGGGAACGUCAUGAAGGUUGAGCGCCCGAGCAACAACCGUGAAUCCGUGAUAUCCACAAACUUUUAAAAUAUUAUUUCUAACCUAAGAAUCUAACCUACAGAACAAUAAAAUGUCAUUAAUCUGAGAAAAAGAGGCCUGCAAAGCCGUGACGAUGGCGAAAUCUUCAGUUCGUCACUGGUUGAACUUUCGUAGGAAUGCAAAAAAACGUCUUCACAAGCUUUUUUUGAUUAUCGUCACUUUGGGACUUAUGUCUUUUACCUUUGUUUUCCUUACGAAUUCGGAUUUUUACGUCAGAAUAGUAAACAAACCAGUGAUUAACAUCCAGGGAGCGGAUCGCGGUAGAUGUUGUGUAAGCAUACAUCAUACUCUAGACGUCUGUGGUCGGUCAGAGUGUCUUUGGCAGUGCCCGCAAUUCGAAGAUGAAUUUAUAUCUCCUUCAAAAAAUCAUGAGAAUGCUUUCUUCCACGAAACUUCAGGCGCGCGGGCUCUCGACAUCCGCCAAGCUUGUGCUGUUGAAUCUGCCGCCUUGUCAAAUCCAAACCUAACCAUUUACUUGUUAAUGACUACGGGAGAUAUUGACUGGAAUUCAACGACUAUGAAAACUCUGAAGAGUUACGAUAAUGUUCAUGUCCACAGCAUUAAUUUAGGUGAAUACUUCAGUCAUACACCUUUUGAAGAGUGGUACUUCUGUUCCACUUGGAAUUAUGGAUCCCAUGCCAUAUCACAUCUUAGCGACGCCCUCCGCUUUCUGACACUGUACAAAUAUGGGGGUUAUUAUUUUGAUUUGGAUGUAAUAAUGCUUCAAUCAGUGAUGCAGUACCAUAACUUCAUCGGAGCAGAAAACGAGGAAAAUUUGGCGGCCGGAGCCCUUCACGUCGAAUAUCUCCAUCCAGUCAUCCGCGCAGCAGUGGAAGAAUUUCGGAACACAUACAGAAAGGACAUUUGGGGUCAUAACGGGCCAUUGUUGUUGACACGCGUAAUGACUAAGUGGUGUUCAGCAGACAACAUACAAGCAAUGACUACUAGUACAUGCUACGGUUUUAGGAUUCUACCUCCUAUGGCAUUUUACCCAGUUAAAUGGUUUAACUGGGAGACAUAUUUUUUGGAAGAAGACAUCGAAUGGAGAAACGAAACAAUUGGAACUCACGUAUGGAACAAAAAGAGCGUUGAUACAGCUGUUUACAAGAAUUCCACCCAGGCGUACGUCAAACUUGCUAGGUCCAGAUGUCCUUCAGUUUUUGCAGUGGCCCCUGAUGUUUUCUAAUUUAUGUAAUUGUUAACUCUUCACGUUGAUUUUCAGCACGUCUUUUGCUAAAUUGCCGGUUGACUCGAAUUCAGGUUUCAAAAAUUUACUAAUAAAAAUUCACAUGUUCAAAGAUUAUUUAUCGGGUGCUAAGAUCCAAAACAAAUCGAUUUGCAUCGGUACUUGAUGAUUGAGCAGUACACACAAAUGAAAUAAUAUGUAAAAAUCCGAAUUACUCUUGGUUUCAUGGCAUCGUUCAUCCGAUGAUAAAAGGUGAGAUCU